AUGUUUGGCUCCAACUCUGGAGGCUCGAAAACUGAGAAGCCCGAAACAAGCGCCGCCCCCGAUCCGUCGCCCGCCGCCCCGAAGGAUAAAGACGAUAGCAAGUCGCCGUCCCCGGACAAGGAACCCGGCGGCGCUGACCGUUCCUCUCCCUCCCCGGCCAAAUCAUCGGACCAGGCCGCUAGCGGCGAGAAGCGCAGCGGAAAUGGUAGCCCUCCGAGUGCGGGCAGCUCGGCGGAGCAGAAGAAACGGCGGAGCACUGGGACUCCGCUGCAGAAGCUGGGCAAGCAGGACCAGGCGCUUGCCGUGCCCCAGGGCCAGCACAACAAUGCCGCUGGCGAGUCGCUUCCGGGCGCUCGAUCCACCUUCCGAGUCGGCGUUUGGGAGGAUAGGAACAAGAAGUGUAGACGAACCAUGGAGGACACCCACGCCUUCCUCUACAACUUCCUCCACACCCCAGCGCCCGCGGUCGGGACAGAGAGCGGUGGCCAGGCUCAGAAUCAGGCCAAAAACGCCGUCGUUGCCGGCGAAGGAGACGACGAGCCUGGCUCGAAACAGGACAUGAUAGAAACCGACAACGGGUAUUUCGCCAUCUUCGACGGGCACGCGGGCACAUUCGCGGCGGAUUGGUGCGGGAAGAAGCUGCAUAUAAUACUGGAAGAAGUCAUCCGGAAACACCCGAACGCUCCUAUACCGGAGCUCCUCGACCAAACUUUUACCGCCGUCGACGCACAGUUGGAGAAAUUACCCCUGAAAAACAGCGGUUGUACGGCUGCCAUUGCUGUGCUUCGCUGGGAAGACCGAGUGCCGAGUGCCCUAUCCGCGACCGGAUCCCAGGCCAUUGCGCCCGCUCUCGCCAAAGCAGCAGAGGAGGCUUCCAAGUCUGAGGAUUCGUCCACCCUCGCAGCUCCGGAGGCAACUCAUGCGAAGCUAAAGAGUGCGGCCCAGAGGCAGCGUGUCCUAUACACCGCCAACGUUGGGGAUGCUCGGAUCAUUCUGUGCCGUCAGGGGAAAGCACUGCGCUUAUCGUACGACCACAAGGGUAGCGAUGAGAACGAGGGGAAACGUAUCACGAACGCCGGAGGGCUAAUAUUGAACAACCGCGUCAACGGUGUUCUUGCUGUCACUCGCGCGCUCGGCGACACGUACAUGAAGGACCUCGUAACCGGGCACCCCUAUACCACCGAGACCGUAAUCCAACCGGACCUGGACGAGUUCAUCAUUAUUGCCUGCGAUGGACUUUGGGACGUUUGUUCGGACCAAGACGCAGUCGAUCUCGUCCAUAAUGUGCAGGACCCAGCCGCGGCAGCCAAGCUUCUGGUCGACCAUGCCCUCUCGCGCUUCAGCACCGACAACCUGUCUUGUAUGAUUGUCCGGCUUGACAAGCAAGGUCUCCUUGAAAACCAGAACAACAAGGAGAAGGCCAUCGGCGUGGAGGGCGACGCUGCCACCGUCUCAGGCAAGGUCAGCGAGGCGGAGAAAAUCCUCAAGACCACGCAAGCCAAGAUUGCAGAGGCUGGCGGCGAGCCGGUGGGUGUCUCGGCGAGCAACAGCGGAAAGGGGCACGACCCCUCCCAGACGGAAGACGGAGAUAAGGGCUUCGUACCGACGGUGAUUGAGGGCCCGGUGGAGGAAGAACCGGCCUCGAUUGAAGAGUCGCCCGAGGUGGCCGUGCCCGUUUUGGAGGACAUGCAGGUGGACUCCCCGGCGGACACGAACAACGACGCGGCGCCGAAGAGUACCUAG